UGAAUAAGGCUGUUUUCAGGAUCGUGAAUACCUCUCCGUAUCAUGGCUCACAAGAGACACUUUCGGACACGAGUUUCAGGAUUUUACCUCUGGGAAGCAACACUUUUACUCAGUUUGGUUGCCACGAAAGAGACCAACAGUGCUAGAUCCCGAAGCACUCCAAUGUCACCUUCAGACUUCCUGGACAAGCUGAUGGGGAGGACAUCAGGGUACGAUGCAAGAAUCAGGCCUAACUUUAAAGGUCCUCCGGUCAAUGUCACAUGCAAUAUAUUCAUAAACAGCUUUGGCUCUAUUGCUGAGACAACUAUGGAUUACAGAGUGAAUAUCUUUCUUCGCCAGAAAUGGAAUGAUCCUCGCCUUGCGUAUAGUGAAUACCCUGAUGAUUCUUUAGACCUUGACCCAUCCAUGUUGGACUCCAUUUGGAAACCUGAUUUGUUCUUUGCCAAUGAAAAGGGUGCCAAUUUUCAUGAAGUUACUACAGACAACAAACUGCUAAGAAUUUUCAAAAAUGGGAAUGUUCUUUACUCAAUAAGAUUAACGCUAACACUUUCCUGCCCAAUGGAUCUUAAGAAUUUUCCAAUGGAUGUACAAACUUGUAUAAUGCAAUUAGAAAGUUUUGGGUACACAAUGAAUGAUCUAAUUUUUGAAUGGCAAGAUGAGGCACCUGUACAAGUGGCAGAAGGACUCACGUUGCCCCAGUUUCUGUUGAAAGAAGAAAAAGAUUUACGAUAUUGUACUAAACAUUAUAAUACAGGGAAGUUUACUUGCAUAGAAGUGAGAUUCCACCUGGAGCGCCAAAUGGGAUACUAUCUCAUCCAGAUGUACAUCCCCAGUCUCUUGAUUGUGAUUCUGUCCUGGGUUUCAUUCUGGAUCAACAUGGAUGCGGCCCCAGCCAGGGUUGCCUUGGGAAUAACUACUGUGCUGACCAUGACCACACAGAGUUCAGGGUCCCGAGCCUCCCUACCAAAGGUUUCCUAUGUCAAGGCCAUUGACAUCUGGAUGGCAGUGUGCCUCCUGUUCGUGUUUUCAGCACUUCUGGAGUAUGCAGCUGUAAACUUCGUAUCAAGACAACACAAAGAACUGCUACGAUUUCGACGAAAGAGAAAGAAUAAGACAGAAGCUUUUGCAUUGGAGAAGUUUUACCGUUUCUCAGACACGGAUGAUGAGGUGAGAGAAAGUCAGCUCAGCUUCACAGCCUAUGGAAUGGGUCCAUGCCUGCAAGCGAAAGAUGGUGUGACUGCCAAGGGCCCGAGCCACACUGUCCAGGGAAGGCCGAAAAGCCCUGAAGAAAUGAGAAAGGUCUUCAUCGAUAGGGCCAAGAAGAUUGACACCAUCUCCAGAGCCUGCUUCCCAUUAGCUUUUCUCAUUUUCAACAUUUUUUACUGGGUUAUCUAUAAAAUUCUUAGGCACGAAGAUAUCCAUCAGCAACAAGAUUAAGUUUGUGGGGCAUCCAAA